UCAGUGGCCGAGGGAAGACGUUUAGUUGUCACUCGGUGUAAUUUUUUUUUGGAAAUUAAUUUGUUUUUUUCUUUGUUUUUUCCGUUGAAAGUUAUUUAUUCUCAACUUUUCGGAUUUAGUUUUGCUUUGGGUUCGAAAUUUGCAUUUGUUUUUAUCUUGAGUUGUUUUUAAAGUGAGUUUUGUGUUGGCUUUCUUUUUUUUGAAAACUGAAAUUCGACGAGAGCAUUUUUACAUAUUCCUCAGGUGGAGGUGCUGACUAGGCUUGGUUCAGCUACAGACCUGUAAGGAAUUUGGAAAUACAAUCAACUUAUUAAGGAUAACUCAUUAUCUGCAUGAAAUGUCAGCAUCUAUAGAUUUCCAAAUUGCAGAAAUACUCAAGAGAUGAUGUAUAAUAAGAGGUGAAUCUUUGUAGACUCCAAUCUAGGUUUCUGAACUAGAUAUUCGUAGACUCUUUUUAGACAAGUUGAAUCACCAUGGAUCCUCACAUGACCAGAGAGGACCUGGAGAACUUGUACCUAGAGCCUUUAACCCACCGCCAUCUCAAGCAGUCUCACUCUCCGCUUGCCAAUCCCCCGACCAAGAAGAAGAAACUGGUCAACUUCAAGCUCUCCCUCCGCAGGGACUCUGUGGACGACCACACCCCUAUCAAGUACAACCAGAUCGCCUCCUCGCGCAAGCAGAACGCCGCGCCCGAAGGUAGAGAGGACCCCAGAAGCACCACCUUCAAGAACCUGAACAUGAUCAACAAGAGGGACGAGUCCGUCAGUAGUCUGUCGACGCAGGAGAGCAUCUUGACUCCCGAGGCCAACGGCAAUGUGCCUGGCUGGACGCAGAUUGACGACAACCAGAGGCCCAAGCUGAACCAAAUCACCUCACCCACCAAGUCUGUCCUGAAGAACAAGCAGCCGCCUGGGGAGAGCGUGCCCCUACAAACGAGGAGGAAGUCUGUGGCAGACCAGUGGAACAUGGUCAGGUCUCUCUCCAGGGAGGAUAGUGUGAGGAGGACGAGCCUCUACUCCGUUGUGAACGUCGUUUUCAACAAGAGGAAAGGGACCCCAGCACCUUCCAUAUGGACGCCGUCUGUGCCAAGGAGCCAGCCUGCCCCCAGACCGGGAAACUGGCGAGAACAAGAGGAACCAGGGAAAGGCCACUUCAUGAUCUCCUUCGUGAGUAACGUGGCCCUUCAGAAGACGAAACAGCAGAUCAGGCAGAUGAAGUUCCAAGUAUCCCCGUACUACCAGGAGUCUCAAAGCCCGCGGCAAAGAAGAAGACACGUGGAAUUCUACGGGAAGCACUACGUCCAGUGGAUGUCGGACAUCCUCAAGAACCAGGCCUUCCAGAGUGGCACGCUCAUGAAGGGGCUGGAAAUCGGUAUUCAGUUCCCAGUGGUGCACCUGACACCAGUCUCGACGAACGCAAACUCCAAACGACACCAAGACGCAUCUUCCUCGUCCACGACGAGCCUAGGACUGGCUUCGGAUGCUGUCAUGAACCAAGGAAUCUACGAGGAGGUCGUAUCCUGGAUUCCGGAGCUCCUGGUGACAUGUCCUAGCGACCCCUCCGAGUGGGCUCGGUGUUUCAUCGUCAUAGCCUUCAAAACACUGGACGGAGAUUUCAGCAGGGUAAAGGUGGAGGAGCAGUGGCGCGAGUGGACAGGGGCCCUACACGUCUACUUCAACAUCUCGGACGACCUCCACCUGAAGAAGCUCUCCUUCUAUAGGAGAAGCUCACGCCACCACCCGACCCUGUUCACCUACAUCGUCAUCAUCGAAGUUGACACAGUCACCAAGGAAAACUGCCUCUACCUCCUGGACUUCGUCUACCGCAUGAGGAUGAAGGGAAUGGGGGGAUAUUUGGGCGUGUACCAGGAACACGUCCCUUCUGAUGCGCCUACGUCUGCGUCUUCUUCUUCUUCUUCUUCGUCUUCGUCUUCUGCGUCGUCGACGACCAACAGGAAAGAUGGCAGAAACUUGUCAGGGUCUUCCACUCACUCUUUAGACUCGAGUGCUCUAGACUUGACCAAGAUUAAUAUUUAAGUCUUUGUUUACGUUCUGCUGUCUUUUGUCUCUCGUUUGUGUUCUGACGUAGACCCGUCUCGUAAUGCGCUGGGCGUGUUUCUAAAAGACCCCUUGCUUAGUCUUAGUAGAAGGAGAAGAAGUGACCUGGGGGCGAAGACCCCUGACUUAGUCUUAGGAAGAAGGAGAAGAAGUGACCUGGGCCGAAGACCCCUGACUUAGUCUUAGAAGAAGAAGGAAGAGAAGGGACCUGGGUGUGAAGACUCCUUCCUUAGUCUUAGAAGAAGGCGGAGAUGAUAGAGCCUAGGGGCGAAGGCCCUUAGUUUGUCUUAGAAGAAGAAGAAGGAGAAGCAGAAGGGACAUUAGUUUUAGAAGAAUGGAAAUAAGGGACCUGGGGUUGUGGGAAGUCUUUACUUUGCUAAGAUAUUUUAUACAAAAUUAAUGUUGAUGAGGGUCUCAGACUCACAUCCCUGUGAUUGUUUGUCUCUGAAGCAACUGAGCAAGAUACGUUUUAUAAGUUGUAAAGUUGACAGUUAUCCCUCUACUUGAGCAUUAGAUUAGGCGAACAAAAGCAAGUAAUUGGAUUUGGUUGCUUAGAUAGAUCUAAUCAGUUUUAUUAAGGCUAUGUUAAUUAAUAUUUUGAUUGUUGAAGUGUUGAAGAUAGUAAAUAUAAACACUUUUGUA